UGCAACUAGUCUGUAGUACCCACUAGUAGAAGCAGAGCAGUAGAACUGUCAUUGUCUAAAGACCUAGAGUACGUCCCACACACCUAGAGUAUGUCCCAAGAGUACGUCCCACACACAACGUCUGCGGUGGUGUACGGUGCAACACGCUUGAAAUCGGUUUCCCCACUUCACCGCGUCAUACCUUUGGGCACCGUAUUGGACCUGUACAGAGUGUGCGGUGGCCGUACUCUUCGGACACGCACUAACUACAGCAUUAGCGGGAAGACCUAACACGGUGCAGUCGGAGCCCUCGCAUGCUGAUCUGAUCUGCAAAUUCCACACAGGGUAGUCGGUGCAUUGAUUUCCGCGGUUAGACCUUGGCACAGUUAGUGCAUGUUACACGUGUGGGCGUUUCACCGUGAGUGCCGUUAUCCAAGACCCCAGCCAUGCGUCGCGACGACGUGCUCGCGUGUCAGAUCCAGAGCUGGUACCCCAAAUUCCGCUCCGUGUCGCUCCGCACGGAGAUCAUUCCCCUCCCUCUCGAAUUCGUCGACUACCUCCUCUCGGACGGAAUUUUCCUUCCUGCUUCGUGUAAGGCGUUGCCCACGCGAACGCGGCUGGGCGAGUGGGAGGCGCAUCGCGAUGAUUACGAGGGGUUGAAAGAGGAGGAGGACGAAGCCGAGGAGCCCGAGGUGCCCGCCUUCCCCGCGUUCGAGGCCGCCGUUGACGCCGCGAUUGCGCGAUUGGGGGGAGCCGUGCUGCCGAAACUGAACUGGAGCUGCCCCAAGGACGUGGGUUGGCUGAGUGCAACGGGCACGCCCAAGUGCAGCAACGCUCAGGAGGUGUUUCUGCUUCUCAAGGCCUCCGACUCCCUCACCUAUGACCUCUGCCAUGCCUUUGACAGUUGUGUUGAUAGUCCUGAGUCAGACAGGGCAGAAGCACCAUCAGUUGCCGGUGACUCAGAGCCUGGAAGCCGGAGCAAUGGAGGAGCAAGUGUGGCUGCAGAAACAGAUGAGAAGCAACAGGAGGCCAGCAGAGCUGAUGCAAUCAAUGAUAGUGCCGGUGCAGAGCCACAGCAAAAGCAGCAGGUGGAAGAAAUGGAGGAGCGGGAGUGUGUGCAGCAGAGCCGGCCUUCUGAGUUUGUGCUUGCCUUGCGCAAGUGGUUCGACCUGCGGCCAGAAAUGGAGUUUCGCUGCUUUGUCAAGGCCCAUCAGCUCAUUGGAAUCUGUCAGAGAGAGAUCACAUCGUUUUACCCUUUUCUUGUUGACUCCCAUCAAGACCUCAAGCUUCAGAUAUGUGACUUCUACAGCAACAGUAUCCAUGGAAGAUUCCCCUCUUCUCACUAUACGUUUGACAUUUACAUCACUCGUGAUGGCCGAGUAAAGCUUGUUGAUUUCAACACAUAUGGUGGAGCCACGCUGCCUCUUCUUUUCUCUUGGGAGGAACUGGGAGGACAUCUAUUCUGAGAAAUCCACGAUGCAUCAUCAAUCAUCCAGUAUUGCGACUGUCUCAUCAGCCUCAAGAUCAACUGCACAAUGACAAGCCCUGCUGCUGGCCUUCCAAAAUAGUGGAGAUGAGGAUUGUAGAAUCGAGGAGUGGCGUUCAGGUGGGGCUCAGAGCUGCUAGUGGGGCUCCGUUUGACCUUCAUGAUAGAUCAGAGGGCAGCGCUUUUGAUGAGCUUAUGGAGAAGCUCAAGGUGGAGUGCAGCACUGAUCAAGAUGACAGCAGUGAUGAUGAGGAUGGAUUGUUAGUGUUAAAGCUUUAUGCUGAAGUGCAUUUCAUGCAUUCAGCAUGCCACAGUUCUGUAUCUGCGCGUCACAGGGUCCCUGACAUAUCUGACACAUACAAUGUCAAAUGUAACUUAGGUCGUUACUGUAGACUAUACUGGAUUGUGCCUUAGAGGGUACAACACCCUAGUCUAUAUAUCCUUGUACACACAUUCCAGU